AUGGUUCUUAUUCAAUCUUUAGCAGUACUGAGUCUUGUCGUAAGGGCCAGUGCUGUCCCAUACAACACUUUUGACGGCGUUGGUUUUCCAGCAUGCAACAACGUUUCCGCUGUUCACGAUGCUACUAGCAUUAAGGAUAUACAAAAUGUUGUUCAAAACGCCAUUCAAUCAGGCCGAAGAGUUCGAGCCUCAGGAAAAGCGCACAUGUGGUACGACACAAUGUGUUCCGAUGACCCAGACACUAUUAUCGUACGUACAGAGCAGGUCAACCGAAUCUAUGAUCUGGAUCUCGAAGCUGGCAGUGUGAUGAUAGAGGCUGGGGUGACGUUCCUACAACUCGCCGACUACUUGCACCAGCGUGGAGCGUCUGCAGGAUACACGCUUGUUAACUGGAACAUCACUUUGGCUGGAUGUGUGGCGAUGGGCGCCCACCGAUCAUCUAUCAGGGAGGAUUCUAUGGUCACAGCUGGCGUUUUGGCUAUGGAUAUAAUCGAUGGCAAUGGUGAGUUACGGCACUUGGAGCGUGACGAUAGCGAUGAAUGGCUGGCAGCCUCGACAUCUCUUGGCCUACUGGGUGUCAUUGUGAGAAUGAAGUUCAAGAUCUAUCCCGACUUCAAAGUUUACGCCGACCAGAAGACACUAGACGAGGCUAAAGUUCUCAAUGGCGACAUCUACGGCAUGAUUGCUCCCUACGCCACAGCAAACUUCUGGUGGUGGCCUCAUAAGAAGAAAUUCCACUGGCGUUACUACGAUGUCAUUUCAACUAAUUCAAGUGACCAAGAGGCUUUCCAGAAUACCUUCUCUAUAACGAAAAUCGAGGCCGAGGCUAUAAAAGCUAUUUGGAAUACUGGAAAAGGUGUUUCCUUAUCUAACUUGCUUGCCGAGGAAAUCCUGUUUGGGCAAUGGGACAAACCAAACUUUCGGGAAAAGACAACUAACGAGCCUCUCGAGAAGUGGCCGGUUUAUGGCUGGAAUUAUGACGUCCUCAUAGGUGGCCUGUACUCUGAUCAGCGUCCUGUGUGGGAAUAUGGUAUCCACGGCUAUACUCUAGAGCUUGCGUUUCCUAUCACACAGGCCAAUGCGAUGCUCAAGAGGGUUCGCCAACUCUUUGACGAUGAGGCCAAGAAGCUCAAAUUUAUGGCAUCUACCUACAGGAGCGGCAUCAACAUCAAGUUUGGCAAGCCAUACUUCGACCUUCUUGGCCAGGUGACUUUCGGCACGUCCGACGGUGCCAACUGGGAUAAAGGUGCUAUUAUGUUGGACUUUCCAUCUUACAAACCGAGUAUUGGUGAUGGGCUGAGAUACAACGAACCGUUUUACCAUAGGCUUGCGGAAACACUGAUUGAUGAGUUUCCUUGUCGCCCGCAUUGGACUAAGAACACAAGAGAGGUCUUUGAGCGUUCCGCCAAGAACCUAGACCCUGAUCAUAUUUCUCGUUUUAAAGCCGUCCGGGAGAAAUUCGAUCCGGAUGGUGUCUUUCGCAGUGUUGUAGCUCAAAUUCCCUCAUCCUUCCACGUUCAAAUCCCACCAGCAAAGACGGCAACUGUGGUUCGAAUUCCGAUACGAACGCAACAUGCCUCACAUCCACUUUUGGCAACUGCUGCUCUGAAAAAGGGUUUUGCGGCAAGACUACAGUAUACUGCUCUGAGGGCUGCCAAGAGGCGUUUGGCUCCUGCGCGUCAAAUGAUGGGCAGCUUGUCAGUACCUCAGGAUCAUGCGGUGCGAGUUCGUCGAGUAAUGUUACAUGUCAAGGGAGCGAGUUCGGAAACUGCUGCUCUGCAAAAGGGUACUGUGGCAAGAAUGGGACGUAUUGCGGUGAUGGGUAAAUGCCAAAGCAUGUUCGGUACCUGUUCAUCGGAUGACGAGUCGUCCACAUCUACCACAGCGACACGGUCAACCACCGCAGCGACUCGCUCGACCACCGCAGCGACUCGCUCGACCACCAUAGCGACUGAUGAGACCUCAACCUCAGCAGAAGCCUCUUCGACAGACCUCGAUGUUAGUACUGCCGAUGGUACUCCAACUUCCAUACCGGCCUCAUCAACCUCCGAAUCCGAAUCCGAUUCCGAUUCUAGCGAUUCAACAAGCUCGUCGACAGCCUCCCUCAGCACCGGUGCCAAGGCUGGGAUUGCGGUUGGGGCUGUCAUUGGCGGUAUCGGAGCAAUUGGCCUUGUCGCGUGGCUCAUAAUGCGGAAGAAGAAUAGAAAGCCUUCGAUGACAGUAGCAGAUGAAGCGAAGGUGAAACCCAAUGAGGAGGCGAGGCCCAUGUAUGAGAUGUAUGCGGAGACUCCUGCCGAGUUGCCUGGGGAAACUCAUGCUGAGUUACCUGCCGGUCAUGAGGGUACUAAGAGAUAA